CACACGGUGGAGCACAUGGACUCUAGCCAGCCGUUUUCUGAGGACAUAGAUGUUAAGCACAGGGGUCCUUGCAUGUGGACAGUCUGUGUUUAAGAUCCUGGCCAGGGCCAGAGGCUCAAGUGGUGUGGGGCUCCCAGCCCGUGGGGAAUUGGAGCCCUGGGGCUGGCAACCUCUCGCUGCCCACCCCCACCGCCCCAGGUGACUAUCAGAGAGAAGACCGGCGCAGAGCAUGCACCUAGCGAGCGGAGACAGCAGAGCGGCCCCUGCCGGGCAGGAGGUGGAGCUGCAGCGGACCUCGGCUCUGAGCUGUGCCGGGCCCGGAGGGCGGGAGCCCCGCAGACCCAGGGCCGGGGAGCGAGGACAGCCUGCGGCCGCUGCUGAGCGGAGCCCCGGGACUCCCCGACGCAAGGAUGUGGGUUCCUGCCUCACACAGGGGAGGUCUCCCUCUCCUCUGCCUUGGUUCUUUGGCUCCAGGCCUGAAGACCCCUGCUUCACAGAAAAUACUCCCUUGCUCUGGAAUUCCUCACAAGAGGAAGGGUCACAGUGCAUGCCUGCUUACCGUCCAGAGUUCAUUCCUGAUGAAGAAUCUUGGGAAAACAGCUUGGCUGAGUGGGAGCGAAGAGGCACGCUGACCAGAGAGGUGGCUGGUUGGUCCACAUCUGCCUCUUGGGAGAAGGAGGAACACACAGAGAGCUCUCACCUCAGGGUCCCUCUGCUGAAGCUGAAGUGCUGUGCGCGGGCGCUGAAGGUCACCGGCCUGUUUGUCUCCGUGGUGCUGUGCUCGGUUUUAUUCAGCCUGUAUCCAGACCACGGGAAACUCUGGCAGCUGCUGGCCGUGUCCCCUCUGGAGAGCUACGCUGUGAACCUCAGUGGCCACGCAGACUCCACGCUGCUGCAGCUCAACCUGGCGGGGGCCCUGGCCGUGAGUGGACCAAGUCGAUCUGGGAGAGAAGAGCACGUCCUGGUGGAGGUGACCCAGAGGGGUGCCUUGAACUCGAGGCGGCGGCAGCCACAGCAAGUUACAGUCACCCACAACUGGACAGUACUUCUAAAUCCAAGAAGAAGCGAGCACCUGGAGGUGAGCAGGACCUUCUCGGUACUGAGCAGAGAAACCGUUUCCAUCAGCAUCCGGACCUCCGUCCCGCAGACCCAGGUCAUCCCGCUCCUGCUGUCUCACCAGUACCUCCGCAUCAGCAUCGGGGCGCAGGUGACCACUGCGGCAGCCAUCCUCGCGGGGGUCUAUGCGCUGAUUAUAUUUGAGAUCGUCCACAGGACUCUGGCAGCCAUGCUGGGGGCUCUUGCAGCAUUAGCGGCUCUGGCUGUGACUGGUGAUAGACCCAGCCUGACCCAGGUGGUGGAGUGGAUUGAUUUUGAGACCCUGGCCCUGCUGUUUGGCAUGAUGAUAUUAGUAGCCAUAUUUUCAGAAACUGGAUUUUUCGAUUAUUGUGCUGUCAAGGCGUACCAGCUCUCCCGGGGCCGGGUGUGGGCCAUGACCCUCAUGCUGUGCCUCCUCGCUGCUGUCCUCUCUGCCUUCUUGGACAACGUCACCACGAUGCUCCUCUUCACCCCUGUAACGAUAAGAUUAUGUGAGGUGCUCAACCUUGAUCCCAGGCAAGUCCUGAUUGCGGAAGUGAUCUUCACGAACAUCGGAGGAGCCGCCACUGCUAUCGGGGACCCGCCAAACGUCGUCAUCGUUUCCAACCAGGAGCUGAGGAAGAUGGGCCUGGACUUCGCCAGAUUCACAGCACACAUGUUUGUUGGUAUUUGUCUUGUUCUCUUGGUCUCCUUUCCACUCCUCAGACUCCUUUACUGGAACAAAAAGCUUUAUAACAAGGAGCCCAGUGAAAUCGUUGAGCUGAAGCAUGAGAUUCAUGUGUGGCGACUGACGGCGCAGCGCAUCAGCCCAGCCAGCCGUGAGGAGACGGCUGUGCGCAGCAUGCUGCUGCGGAAGGUGCUGGCACUGGAGCACGUGCUGGCCCAGAGGCUGCGCACCUUGCAGAGACAAAUCUCACAGGAAGAUAAAAAUUGGGAGAACAAUAUCCAGGAGCUACAGAAAAAGCACAGGAUCUCAGACAGGAUCCUGCUCAUCAAGUGCCUGAGCGUGCUGGGAUGUGUCAUCUUCACCUUCUUCCUCAGUUCGUUUGUCCCUGGCAUUCAUCUGGAUCUCGGAUGGAUUGCUAUUCUGGGUGCCGUCUGGUUACUGAUUUUAGCUGAGAUCCACGACUUUGAGGUGAUUCUACACAGAGUAGAAUGGGCAACCCUUCUGUUCUUCGCGGCACUCUUCGUACUGAUGGAGGCGCUGGAGCAUCUCCACUUAAUAGAAUACGUGGGGGAGCAGACUGCUUUGCUAAUAAAGACUGUUCCGGAGGACCGGCGCCUGGCCGCCGCCAUGGUCCUGGUGAUGUGGGUCUCGGCCUUGGUGUCUUCCCUGAUCGACAACAUCCCAUUCACUGCCACAAUGAUUCCUGUGCUCCUGAGGCUGAGCCAAGACCCUGGGGUCAGUCUGCCCACCAUGCCGCUCAUGUAUGCACUGGCCCUUGGCGCCUGCCUGGGAGGUAAUGGGACUCUGAUUGGAGCAUCUGCAAACGUUGUUUGUGCAGGGAUCGCAGAGCAGCAUGGAUACGGAUUCUCUUUCAUGGAAUUUUUCAGGUUGGCGUUCCUUACUUCGAAGGCUGGUAACCGGCGUUCGUCAGCCACCUGCCCGGACGUACUUCAGGAGGACUUGCGUGACGACCUCUGCCUGCUGAGCCUCCGGUGUCGCCCACGGGAGGCGCGGGUAGUAGCAGGUUGGGGUUCCCAAUGAUGAUUGUGUCCUGCACUGUCGGGAUGUGUUAUCUUCUUGUUGUUCAUGUUGUGAUGGGAUGGAAUUAGUAGACAGUCACCAUUUGAAGACUAAGGGAAACUUAAUUCAUCAUCAACGUCAGUCAGAAAGCUACCCCAGACCAUUCUGAAGAAGUAAGGUGCUUGCCCCGGGACGCUAUGGGUGGAGGUGAUCUGGUGCUCGAAAAUCAUGGUGUCCUCUUUGUAUUCUUUUUCAAUAGAGGACAAAAAAUGGAAAUACAAGAUAAUUAUCCAAGAUUCCUUUAUUGGAAACCACAUAUAUUUUAAAAACAUUUUUUUUUUGCUAUUCAAUGUAGGAAAGACAAAAAUUCACCCAAGAUAGCUUGUUCUUUGUCAUUUCUCCUGAGACUAUAGACAGUUUUUCUUCAUGUAAUUACUUUUCAUGUUAAAAUAAUCAGCAUUUAAAUCAU